UGAGCAGUGUUAAUUCAUUACAUUUUCAAUUCCGAUUUAUAGAGCGACCACUGCUUGUUUACGAGACAAAAAUAGAUAUUAGACAAUGGUUUCUGAUAACUAGUACGCAGCCUCUUGUCGUAUGGAUGUACAAGUACUUUUUUUAAACACAUUGUCCUAGUACCAAAAAAAUGUUAACAAAAUUUUGAUGAAAUUUUAUUAAACAUGUAACAAAAUUUUAUAAUUAUAUUUCACUGAAAAGAUUAUUUUCUGCGUUUAAUGAAGAAUAGAUGACAUUUUAAUUAGGAUUCAGUAAAAACGUAAUGAAAUUUUUACGAAAAAUAAUCAAUACUAUUUAGAAUAACUCCAAUAUUUGCAGAAGUAAGAAAAAAUAGAAGUAAAUGUAACUUGUUCGCAAUCACUUGUUCUAUUAUAUACUUUUAUUAUAUUUUUAUAAUAUUAUUCUAUAUAUACUUUUAUGUAAUAUUUCUAAAAAUCGCAAAUAUUUCUAAAAAUUGCACUUUGCAAAAUGAUUACUUCAUUAUGGUAAAUUAACGACAUAUUAUUGAAAUUGCAAUGAUUUUUUAAUAAAAUCACUAAUCAAAAUGUUUCAAAAUAAACAUAAAAUUUAAUAAAAUGUUAAUUAAAAUUAACUUUUUUCCGCCAGAAUAUGUUAUGUCAUAGAGCUUUUAAUAACUUGAAUUAUCUAAUUAGGGAUAUUUUAAUACGGUUUGCUUCAAAAAAUUUCACUCUCGAUGAUUUUCAUGAGUCCAUCCACUUGUGCAAUACGACGGUACAGCUGAAAUAUCGGAAGUUACCAAGAUGCAAUUCUGGCUUACCUGAACAACGUCACUGGAAUCUUCAAGAUUUUAAGGAUUAUCUUCAGUACUUUAACAUUUUCUUUUACAAAGAAUUAAAAACUUUAAUCAAACAACUAACUACCACUUUAGAUCACGUAAUCAAGAAUUGGCUUGGGAAAAGAUUAUCAGGCCGGGGAUAAAGCAAAAUCUGAUAGGAGCACUUCUGGCGUCGCAGGAUAAUAUGGUAAAUCAUAAGAACAGUUUUCAAUUGUAUGGCGCUGAUUUCGUAGUGGCUAAUGAUUUUUCGGUGUGGCUGUUGGAAAUAAAUACAAAUCCACGAUUGCAUCCGCCAAGCAGCGAAGUCACUGCGAAAUUAUACCCGGAAAUUAUUGAAGAUGCAAUGAAAGUGGUCUUAGAUCGGCGAAAAAAUAAAAAAGUAUCUCUGGGAAAAUUUGAGUGUAUUUACAAGCAACGGAAUCCGUUUUGCGGUGUCAAUAUUUUGGGACAAGGCACGAGUCUCGGCAUUCGUGGCAAAGGUUUAUUUGUUACGUCAAAAUUACCGUGAUAUUUGUGAUGUAACAUGACUGUACUAAGUAACAUCGCCGAAAUUCAUUCAUUGAGAAAUCUAUUUUGCAAAGAGAACUGUUUCAAUUUCCAUCACAAUCUACUCGGUAAUGCGAGUAAUUUCGUAUUAGCACAUAAACAAACUGUCAUAAAUCGUCAUCUGUACACACGUUACACACGUGUUACACACGUAUGUAAGAAAGGAGACUUUUAUGAUCUCCUUUCCUGAUAUUAAACGUAGCAUAUGAUAAGUGGAAGAACAAUCACAGGGCAGUAAUUUAUUAAAAACGUGUUUAUGUUACAAGUAACAAUGUUGUAGGUAUACAGUCCUAUAUAAACAAAAUGUUUUCUUUCUCGGAACAAUGCGUACACAUUAUUACACGGUUAAGGUAGAUAGGAUUAUGUCACGCUACACGUCCACAUUAUUCACAUACAAAAUCACUCAGGUUUUGUAAACAUUUUAAAAAUCAUUAUACUAUUUAAUUUGAUCUUUUAUCAUAAAAUAUAUCGUUCCAUGUUUUGCAGGCUAAAUAUGUUCUGCAAAUAUAUUUUCAAAUCGAAAUAAUGUAGAUUAUUGUUUAGAUAAUAAAUGUAUAAUCUUAUAAUAAAAUAACUAUCCAGAUUUUAUAGCAUAGACUUUCAAGAAAAUCAUUGUUAAUAUGAUAUCAUGUUUUAAACUUAUUUGUAAAAAACAACUAUUAAAAAAGAAAGAUGUGAUAUUAUUUAUAAUAAAUUCCAUUCAACCAAUUUGACAUAAACUAUAGACAAUUCAAUGAAUUCAGAAUUCUUGCUGUUAUUGCAACAUGAUCUAAUAUAAUAUAUAUGCUUUAUCUCACUGAAGUAAAAUUGCGUAUUUUCGAUAUCGAGAUGACAAUACAGGACCUACCAUGUACAAAUAGUGUAUGUAUAAAUCAUGGAACAUGUUUAAUCGAGCUAGAAUAUGCUUACAUCAGAUAAAAGGAAUUACCUAUACAAAAAAAUAUAUAAAUUCAAAUUUGUUGGACAAGUUAAAAGUAUUAAUAUGAUUAGUACAAUAGCUUUAUAUAUAAAAAACUUGUAUUCGCUUGUAUUGAUGUUAGCAUAACCUCACGUAACAUGAAAUCCCAUCUGUAUAACUUUAUUGAAAUCUCACAAGAUGAGAAUCAAUUAUUUAAUUCUGAUGUAUUUUAUCAUCAUAAUCAAAUAAAAUUCAAUCUUGUUUGAUUUCAACACUUUGAAUACAUUAGGGUGAGCUUUGUG